AUGAAUGGAAGAAGUGAUCAAGACAAUGAGGAAGCGACAGGAAUCAGUAAGGUUGGUGAUUACAGCGAUGGAAGUUAUGGUUAUAAGGAUAACUGUUCUGUGUAUGAUGCACAGUUCCGCAGUGUAAACCAACGAAAGGGACGGGGACGACAAGGCGGACGUUUAAAGGAAUAA